AUACCGUACAGUAAAUGCUGUGAUCUACUAUUGUAACAAAAGGUACAAAGCACCAAUGAUGACAAGAGUCUGUGCCAACAAUUGCGACGAAUAACCAAGCAAACAGCCAACAGGACCUCCAGAGAAGAAAACCGURCAAGAAGACCCACCACGGCUACUUGAAUUUCACUAGAGCCAACCAGAGACAACCCAAAGCCAACCCAACCCAACCCAGGCCAGGCCAACCGAGAAUGACAGCUUCUGCGACGAAGGCUUCCCCCCCCGACCGAGGCGCCCUUGUUACCCCCCGGUCCGUCCGUUUGGCGGGGACGGCCCCGCGGUGCCCGCCCUCGGACUACGAGACCGAUCCCUUCCUCCGGGGGAUGACCCGUGGGACCCGGGCCCUGGAAAGGGUCCUCCCCCUGGCGGUCCAGAACGGGAUGCGCGACGGAGGCGCCUUUCGGUGGAUCGCCGACGCGGCGGUGGUUUCCCUGGCGGUUCCGGCGGGAGCGGUGGCCAACCCCUCMGCGGCCCUCGCCUUUGGGAGGCUGACGCGGGCCCGCAGGGUCCUGCGCUACGGAGACGACGACGAGAGCCAGUUUGUCGAUGUCUUUUUUCCGGAGCCGCGGGAUCGGCCACAACGACGAGCGAGCGGGAAGCAGGCAGGCGGAAARCAGCCCCGAGACCCGUCGCAGRAAACSCCCGGGAGCRCRCGGGGCGAGCAAAGGGUCCGGGGGAUGCUGGUCUUUGUCCACGGGGGGGCCUGGGGGAGCGGCAAGCCCUGGUUUUAUCGGUUGGUGGCCCUCCCCUUUCUGGAACUCGGACUGGCCGUGGCCAUUGUGGGAUACCGGGUAUAUCCGGUCUGCGGGGUUCCCAACAGCGAUACUGCCAGUCCCAAUAGCAGCAGCAGCAGCAGCAGCAGCAGCAGCAAAAACAACAACAAGCAUCGCGGGGGAGUGCUCACGCAGGUGGACGAUCUGGAAUCUGCCCUCGCCAAGCUGAACGAGGAAUAUCCCGAGUGGUGCGACAAGCGGUUCGAGGAUCGGUGGGUGGCGAGCGACGGCGACGAAACCAGAAACGUGGCAGAAGCAAAGCCCAACCCAAACCCGUUUCCAACCGGCGGUGCCGCCUUCCCGACGUCUUCCCACCACGUGCCACACGUGGGAACGAUCGUGGCGGGCCACUCGUCCGGGGCACACAUCUCUCUCCUGUGGAUGGUCGAGCGGGCCCAGAGAAGGGCCUCCGAACGGCUGGCGUCGCCGCGCGGCGCCGACCGCGAGAGCCGAAACCAGAACCCCAUCGAUGCCUUUGUGGGGAUCUCCGGCGUCUACAACAUCGACCACCAUUUCCACUACGAAGCGGGCCGGGCCGUGGAGGAAAUCUCGCCGCUCAAGCCCGCCAACGGUCACUCCACCGCCAACUUUUUGAAGCACAGCCCCGCAUGGAAGGUCCAGCACGAGCUGCUCCGGACCCUGGACGAGAUGGAGCAGUCCACCACCGUGCGGGAAGAACCGCUUCCCACGAAAUCGGUGGCGGCAGCGGCAACAGCAGCAACGGCAAACACAACCACCCAAACUAGCAUCGGGAGCCUGUUCCCGGAGCGGAUCCUCCUCGUCCACGGCGCCGAAGACGACGUGGUCCCCAUGCCGAGCACCGGGGAAGCGGCGCGAAUCCUCAGGCACGCGCUGGCCGGUAGUCAAGGCGCGGACGCGUGCGGGAACACCUGCAUCGACGAGGUCUACGUCCCCAAGACGGGGCACCAGGAAGCGGUGGUCGAUCUGAUGAUGCUAGGGAACGACAGGGGCCCGGUGACGACCGCCGUUGCCGACUGGAUCCUGGACGGGAAUCGGCGGCUGCACGAACGACAGAAGCUACAGCUGCGGCAGCAACGGGAGCGAAAACAGCAACGACAAGAACAAAAAGCGAGGACGAACCACCUGCAAAGCAAGCUGUGAACAAGACCGGACAGAACAGCACAGAACAGCCGAUCCAAGAAAGCUAGGCCGUAGAA